CCGCCAUCUGCUGGGGUUCAUGAAAGCUACCCACAAUUGAUGACCUGAAGAUUCGGAACGCGCCAUCUUCCCCCGUAUACUCACUACAUCAAUCUCUGCUCGACCCUCAGAACAAAUUCCGCAAGGCAGAAGCAAGAUGGGCCGAAGACGGCGGACUCUUCUCCUCUUAGCUCUUCUCUUCGCGCUACUCGUUGUAGUUGUGAAAGCAGACGAUGUCGACAGCGAUGAUGACGACGAUGACAAUGAGACUUAUGACUAUCAACCCCAAGAGUACACGACAGACCCCUACCUCCAGUACCGCCCUGCGUUCCCCCGCUCCCUCCCUGUACAAAUCCUCGUCACUGGAGUCGUAUUUACCCUAGUGGCUGUCCUCUUCAUCCAUCUCAUCUUCACCGCUACCUACCACUGGUCCCUCGCACCCGUCAACUACGUCCUGCAAGUCUCAGGCGUGACGACACUGCUCAUAUCCCUCAUCGCGACGCUUCACGUUGUCCUGCAAGCCACAAUAGACGAGAGCAAGCAAUGGCCGUACAUGCUCAGCUACAUCGCGGUCAACGUACCCCCGCUGGACCUGUCCAUAGGGAACGAUGCGGCGGAGGACACUGGGUGGACCCUCCCUGAGCGCGCAACCUGGCUCGUCAUGAAUGCCUUCACUUCGGCGUUGAUCCAGAUCACGCACAUCCAAUUCCUGACUUUGCUCUUCCCUUCUCGCCUCGAAGCGCGCCUAAUCCUCUUCCUGCUUGGUCCCAUGGCUGUCGUUGCGUCCGUCAUGCAGCUUGUCCCCAUCAGUCAGAACACGAAGGUCACCGAGAUCACAUCUGCAAUACGUAAUGUCUGCAACGCCACCCUCUCCCUUCUCUUCACCGCAUCCCUCUUCAUCUGGGGCCUUCUCGUAAACCGCAGACAAGCCUGGCGCACGGAUGGCGGCACAGCAGCCUUUGGCGCGGCCGCCCUCACGCUCGCCAUUGUACAAACCGGCUUGAACAUUCUCUACGUCCCCCGCGAGGAGGAGUACGUCUGGCUCCCGACCCUCAUCUGGGCCGUCAUCCUCUGGCAAUCCUUCCUCGGCUGGUGGUGGUGGGUCGGCGCGGGAAGCGGAUCGGGCCUACGGGGCGAAGACGAGGAAGAAGAUAUGGCCCGCCGAGAACGCAAGCGCGCAAAGCGCGAACGACGGCGCCAGGAAGCGCGCGUGCGGCGGGAAGAUCACAAAGCGCGGGCGAGGACGAUGUGGCGCGGCGUGUCUGGCGUCUUCGGCCCCGCGCAGCACCCCCGGCGCGAGGAAGACAGCGAGGAGCACGACCGGACGCCCGAAGAGACCGAGCGCGCCGCGGCGGAGAGCACCGCGUCGAGCGGGUCUACCGGGACGCUCGUCCUCCCGCGCAUCUUCCCGAAGUCCGUGCAUCGCUGGUUCGCGAGGCUUCGGCGCGCGCAUACGGCGGCUGCCCGCGCGCAGGCGGCGGAGCGCUUGGAGCGCAUCCGCGAGAUGGAGCGCGCGAAGAUCGUGGAUGCAGAAAGGCGGGGUUUUGGUGUGGGCCGAGUGCCGAUGCGGACGUCGGCGGCGGCAUCUUUCGAGGAUGAAGAUGGCGAACCGAAGUCUUCAGGAGAAGACGAGCCGAAGUCGUCUGGGGAGGAGGACGGAAAUGGAGCGAUGGACGGAGACGCAAGGGGGCAUCCAGACGGUCAAAGCGUCAGGGAAGGCGCGGAUGGGGCUGGCGACAGCUCAUCAGAAGGCCGCGCAAGGAGACGAAGUCCGCACGUAUACGAGGAAGAAGAGGAGCAACGCAGAAGACGAAUCUCUGUGUCGCCGCCAACAAUAGCCAGCGUGGGUGUUGGUGCCCCCGACCCCGACCCGGUGCGGCGGUCGAUGUGGUGGUGGGGGCCGCUCGGGAGGUGGCGCUUGCAGGACAAGACUGUGUAUCAGUAGGUAUCUUGGUAUUUAUGUGAUAUGUGUAGUACGGAAUGCUUUGCUUCCCUGUUUUGCGAGUGUGGCCAAGUGGGAGAGAAUGAGGAGAUUCAUCAUCUAGUCGCGCAAAAGCCA